AUUUGUUAAAAAUAUGGAUUCAUCUCCUGGAACUGCUUCCUCCAAUGAUACUGAUUCUAAAGAAAGCCCUUCUUCAAAUGGAACUCCGCCUUCAUCUUCAGAUUCAAAAAAUGAUUCUCCUUCGUCUUCGUCUUCGUCUCCACCACCAAAAAAUGAAUCUCCACCUUCAUCACCACCACCACAAUCUCCUCCUCCAUCUCCUAAUGCAUCACCACCUCCAAAAAAUGAUUCUCCUCCGCCUGCUUCACCACCACCAUCCUCUUCUGAAUCUAAUUCAUCACCAUCAAAAGAUAAUAAUAAUAUUAAUAAUAAUAACGAUCAAUCCCCAAAUCCUUCUUCUAAUACACCUUCACAAUCACCACCACCAUCAUCCACGUAUAAUACUCCAUCAACCCCAAAUAGUCCUAAAAAUCCUCCAUCAUUUCUAUUAUUUUCUCCACCACCGCCUGUUUCUUCACGUGAAUUGCCUGCACCUCCUCAUGCACAUUUGUCUCCUCCUCCACGCUCAGGAUCUAAUCAACCAUCACCUGCAAACGAUGAUUCCUCAAGUACUGUUGGUAUAGUAGCUGGAAUUGCUGUCGGAGGCAUAGUCAUAAUUGCAUUAAUCAUUCUAUGUGUAUGGUGUAGUAAAAGGAAGAAGAAACAGAGAUACUAUAUGGCUCCUGGACCUAAAGGUGGUGAUCCAUACUACAAUAACAACAAUCAAUGGAAUAGACGUCAGUCGAUGGAUCAUGUAAUGAAGGUACCACAAAGUGAAAUGGGGACUCAGAGUGGUUGGGCUGGAGCUACUCCACAUCAGCAGGGAGCUAGUUCAAGCGGCGAAUUUGGCUCAGGUUAUUCAGGCCAAGCAGUGCCAUUGCCUUCUCAAUCACCUAACAUGGGACUUGGUGGUUUCUCCCAGAGUCAAUUCAGUUAUGAGGAGCUAGCUAAGGCCACAGAUGGAUUUUCUCAGACCAAUCUGUUAGGACAAGGUGGUUUCGGAUACGUGCAUAAAGGUGUUUUGAAUGAUGGAAGAGUGGUUGCCAUCAAGAGUUUGAAAGCAGGAAGUGGACAAGGAGAACGAGAAUUUCAAGCUGAGGUUGAGAUCAUUAGCAGAGUUCAUCAUCGUCAUCUUGUGUCCCUCGUUGGAUAUUGCAUUGCUAAUGGACAACGCAUGUUGGUCUAUGAAUAUGUUGACAACAAAACCUUGGAGUUUCACCUUCAUGGAAAAGGUCAACCUGUCAUGGAUUGGGAGACCAGACUUAAAAUUGCUUUGGGAUCAGCUAAAGGACUUGCUUAUCUCCAUGAAGAUUGCCAAUAUAGAAUUAUCCACCGUGACAUCAAGGCUGCAAAUAUUCUACUAGACCUCAAUUAUGAAGCCUUGGUGGCAGAUUUUGGAUUGGCUAAGCUUACUUCGGAUAACAACACUCAUGUAUCAACUCGUGUUAUGGGAACAUUCGGGUACUUAGCUCCUGAAUAUGCAUCAAGUGGCAAACUAACAGAGAAGUCAGAUGUGUUUUCAUAUGGAGUAAUGCUGUUGGAGCUCAUAACCGCAAAAAAACCUGUUGAUCCUAGCAAUAUGAUGGAGGAUAGUUUAGUAGAUUGGGCUAGGCCCCUUCUUACAAGAGCACUGGAAGAGGAAAAAUAUGAUGGAUUGGUAGACCCACGUCUUGAAGGGAACUUUGAUACAGAAGAGCUACAUCGCAUGAUAGGUUGUGCUGCUUCUAGCAUUCGCCACUCUGCUAAAAGACGUCCCAAAAUGAGUCAGAUUGUACGUGCAUUGGAAGGCAAUUCAUCGUUGGAGGACUUGAACGAUAAUCCAAAACCAAGCAAGGUUCCUAGCUUUGCCGCGUCAAAUGGGGCAUCCACUCAGAGCUAUGAUACUGGUAUGUAUAAUGCUGACAUGAUGAAGUUCAGGAAAAUGAUUAUGCCAACCCAAGAAUUCAGCAGCAGUCCAAGUGAGUAAUGAACCAACCCUUCUUCCUCCUCCUCAAGCAACGAUUCAACACGCGGGCAAGAGUAAAAAAAGAAUGCACCUAAAGCUUGAGAUAUUUUUUUUCAAAACAUAUUCUUGGCUGGAACUUAUAACAGAGAUUUGGGAUUACAAAAAAUUAAUGUUUAUGAUGAACAUUCACUACUCAUAUCUUGAUUUGAAUAACAAAGAUUAUAGGAUCAGAAUACAAUUAUACUUUUUUUUGUUUCAAUAUGUACAGCAAUUCACAU